AUGGAGGCUGCCUUGCUGAAGCCGGCGAUGAUGGCGGAGGUGAAAGGGAGCGGCGCCGGCUCCGCGGCGGGCCCGGUCGUUAGCGCCGAGCUGGAGGUGAAGAAGCUGCAGGAGCUGGUGCGCAAGCUGGAGAAGCAAAACGAGCAGCUCCGGAGCCGCGCCGCCGCCGCCACCGCCGCCACGGCCACGGCCGCCGCCGCGGGCCCGCCCAGCCCGCACCUGCUGCGGGCCCCGCCGCCGGCCGCCGGCGGGCUGGGCCCCGCCGGCCCCCCCUCGGCGGCGGCCGGUGGCGGCGGCGGGACCGCGCCGUGCCUGCCCAGCGCGGUGCCCACCCUGCUGUGCGCCGCCGCGCUGGGCCCGCCGGAGCCCCUCGCCUAUUUCAAGCCCUCGCCCGGCCUGGCGGCGUCUUGCGGCGGAGGGCAGGACGCGGGCGGCGGCGGCCCGGCGGCGGCGGCCGCCACGGUGUUGGACGAGGUGGCGGUGCUGGAGCUGGAGGACGGCUACUGCGGCCAGGACGAGGAUACAUGGUUAUAUGUUUUGCCUACCAAGACUCUCACCCCUCAAGAGAAAUCACUAAGUCCUCUGCAGUGGUGCAGACGUGUUCUGGAUCAUCCAAGUCCUGAGAUAGAGGCUGCAAAACGUUCUCUAUGCUUUAGAUUGGAACAAGCUAGCCGAUGGCGGAACCUCUUCUCUACACCUGUCUCCUUGGCUUUUCCCUAUAGUCCUGUUGCAAGACUCACCCCAUAUACCAAUGGCUUUAAUAGUCCCAGCUUCUCUAAAACCUCCAGUAAAGCAAUACUAACACCUGAACGGACAGGUUACACUUCUAGAAGUUCCCCUUUGAGUCCACAAUCAUCAAUAGACAGUGAACUGAGCACCUCAGAGCUGGAGGAUGAUUCCAUCUCCAUGGGAUACAAACUGCAGGACCUCACUGAUGUUCAGAUCAUGGCUCGUCUACAAGAAGAAAGCCUUAGACAAGAUUAUGCUUCUACUUCAGCAUCUGUAUCAAGACACAGUUCAAGUGUAUCUCUGCAUUCAGGAAAGAAAGGGACAUGUAGUGAUCAGGACUAUGAUCGCUAUAGUCUUGAGGAUGAAGAAGAGUUUGACCACCUCCCACCUCCACAGCCUCGGCUCAGUCGCUGUUCCCCCUUCCAAAGAGGAAUUCCACACUCACAGACUUUCUCAAGUAUUCGGGACUGCAGGAGAAGUCCUACUUCCCAGCACUUCCCUUCAAAUAAUUAUCAGCAGCCGUACUAUUCUCCUCAAGCCCAAACUCCAGAGCAGCAGCCAAAUAGGAUUAAUGGAGAUAAACUUCGAAGAAGCAUGCCUAACCUAGCUCGGAUGCCAAGCACCCCCGCCAUUAACAAUAAUGCUAGCUUUGCUAGUUCUUCAGUCACUGUGAGGAACAGUCAGAGCUUUGAUUCCAAUUUACAUGGAGCCGGUAAUGGAAUUUCAAGGAUACAGUCGUGUAUUCCCUCACCAGGACAACUUCAACACAGAGUUCACAGUGUGGGACAUUUUCCAGUGUCUGUUAGACAGCCUCUUAAAGCUACUGCCUAUGUAAGCCCAACUGUACAAGGCAGUAGUAGUAUUCCGGUAUCCAACAAUUUACAGUUAUACUCUAACACUGGAAUCCCAAUGCCAAACAAGACUGCCAACCAAGGGAUUGUAGGGCGCAGUGCUCUUCCAAGACCAUCGCUGGCCAUCAAUGGGAGUGGCAUACCCAGAAGUAAAAUUGCACAGCCAGUUCGAAGUUUUCUUCAGCCGCCAAAGCCUCUUUCAUCACUUAGCACGAUGCGGGAUGGGAAUUGGAGAGAUGGCUGCUACUGAUGAAGAAUACAAGAACAAUGGAAGAAAAAUAAUGUGGAUUUCAUUACCCAGCUGGCUGGGUAACAAUGAUUUGGGAAGAGAGGGUCAUACACUAUUAUUUCCCCAGAGAUUUUAAUAUGUAAACAUUCAUAAUGCAAUGUCAUUUUUAGA